AUGCCUACCGGUUCUGUUCUUGUCGCUGGUGGCACGGGCUACAUUGGCUCGUUCACCACACUGGCCCUGCUCGAGGCCGGUUACAAGGUCGUUGUCGUUGACAACCUGUACAACUCCUCCGUCGAGGCUCUCAACCGUAUUGAGUUGAUCUGUGGCAAGAAGGCCGAGUUCUACGAGCUCGAUGUUACCCACGAGAAUGCCUUUGACAAGGUCUUCGCCGACCACCCCGACAUUGACAGCGUUAUCCACUUCGCUGCCCUGAAGGCUGUCGGUGAGUCUGGCGAGAAGCCCCUCGACUACUACCACGUCAACGUCUACGGCGCCAUCAAUCUCCUGCGUGCCAUGGUCAAGCACAAUGUCACCAACAUUGUCUUCUCCAGCUCCGCUACUGUCUAUGGCGAUGCCACUCGUUUCCCCAACAUGAUCCCUAUCCCCGAGGAGUGCCCUCUGGGCCCUACCAACCCUUACGGUAACACCAAGUUCGCCGUUGAGUUCGCCAUCACCGAUGCCAUCAACGCCCAGCGCAACAACGCUAUCAAGGCCGGCAACGAGGCUGAGGCCAAGAAGUGGAACGGUGCUCUCCUCCGUUACUUCAACCCCGCCGGUGCUCACCCCUCCGGCAUCAUGGGUGAGGAUCCCCAGGGUGUCCCCUACAACCUGCUGCCCCUCCUCGCCCAGGUCGCCACCGGCAAGCGCGAGAAGCUGCUCGUCUUCGGUGACGACUACGACUCCCACGAUGGCACUGCCAUCCGUGACUACAUCCACAUUCUCGACUUGGCUGAUGGCCACUUGAAGGCCCUCAACUACCUGCGCACCAACAACCCCGGCGUUCGUGCCUGGAACUUGGGUACCGGUAAGGGCUCUACCGUCUUUGAGAUGAUCAAGGCUUUCUCUACUGCUGUCGGUCGUGACCUUGCUUACGAGGUUGCUCCCCGUCGUGAUGGUGAUGUCCUUAACCUGACUGCCAAUGCCAACCGUGCUACCAAUGAGCUUGGCUGGACCCCUACCCGCACUCUUGAGAAUGCUUGUGAGGAUCUCUGGCUCUGGACCAAGAACAACCCCCAGGGUUACCGUCAGCAGCCGCCGGCCGAGCUGUUGGCUCAGCUGAAGAAGUAA